UGGUCAGUCGGUCGGUCGGUCGGUGCCAGCCUGCUCCGUUGGACUGUCUGUCGGUAGUUUAACGGCGGACUGUGCGGAGCCUCGGGAGCACGCUGAUGGAGGAAACGUGACGUUUUUACCGGAGAGGACCGGAGGAGGAGGAGGACUUUUCCCGCGGUGUUGGCGUUGCAGCGUGAUGUGUUGGGAUGGAGGAGGCGGAGCACAGCAGCUACGUCGCCCAGCUGAAGGCGGAGUUUGACAGCUGCGACACGACGUCCACCGGCUUCCUGGACCGCGAGGAGCUGACGGAGCUCUGCAGAAAACUGCAGCUGGACGCUCACCUGCCGCUGCUGCUCGACACGCUGCUGGGAGGACGCCCCUACGCCAGGGUGAACUUCGAGGAGUUUAAAGAUGGCUUCGUCGCCGUUCUGUCUCGCUCUCUGGACUUCAGCACGUCAGAGGACGACAGCAGUUACCUGCAGCCAGUUGUUCCAGAGGAGGUGAAGCCAAAGUUUGUGAAGGGAACGAAGCGUUACGGCCGCCGCUCUCGUCCCGACAGCCAGCUGGACGCCGCGCUCACCUGCGACUCCGAGGACUCGCUGCCGUCCAGAACCGAGGCCACAGACUCGUCUCCGGCCGGCGUCCGCAGGGCCAAACUGAGACGCUCCACGUCUCUGGAGAGCGUCGAGAGCCUGAAGUCUGACGAAGAGGCAGGAAGUCCCAAGACCGUCCCGCCAGACUGUCAGUCUAAAGGAGGUCAGCAGGAGGACGAGGAGGAGCUGGGUGUUGUUGGAGGAGGAGGUCACGUCCUGAUGGCGGUGUGUGAUCACCUGAGCCUGCAGCAGCUCAACACACAGGAGCUGGAUGUGCUGCUCAGGAAGUUGGACGCCGACCUGGACGGCAGAGUCAGCCUCAGGGAGUUCCAGAAGGUUCUGUGUGGCUCCGCCCCCGUCUCCUGCUCCACCCCCGUACGAGGCGCCGACCUGCAGAGGGCGCCGCACAUGCUCAGACACGCCGACCUGCAGAGGGCGCCGCACAUGCUCAGACACGCCGACCUGCAGAGGGCGCCGCACAUGUCCCAGACGGUUUUAGAGGAGCGCUCGGUGCGCUCCACCUCGCCCUCCCUGCUGACGGCCACCGUGGGGCAGAGAGUCCUCAGCCAGCUGGACGACGGAUCAGGAUGCACCAGCCCAGAGAGGGUCAUCGCCCUCUGGACCGAGGAGGGCAUCCGCAACAGCCGGGACAUCCUGCAGACGCUGGACUUCUCUCUGGAGGAGCGUGUCAGUCUGGCAGAUCUGACUCUGGCUCUGGAUAACGAGCUGCUGGUCGGCGGUAACGGCAUCCAGCAGGCGACGCUCAUCUCCUACAAGACCGAGAUCCAGCACCUGCAGGUGGUAGCAGAGCAGGCCUGUAGGGAGCGGGAUAAGGUGAAGUCAGACCUGGAUCUGGCCGACCAGAGGAACCUGCAGCUGGUCAGAGAGGUGGACGACCGACACGCCAGCAUGGAGACGCUCAACCAGAGCAGGAUCAGGGACCUGGAGCAGGACUUCCGUGAUAGGCUGACGGCUCUGCGCAGUCAGUCGGAGCAGGAGAGCGAGGCUCUGCUGCAGCAGGUGGAGAGAGAGCGCGGCGCGCUGCACGACGAGCUGCGGCUGCUCAGAGCGCAGGAGGCGGGGCUAAGGGAGGAGCUCGGCAGCGCCACGCAGGAGAACAAACGUCUGGAGGACGAACUCAGUGUCGUAAAGCUGAAACUGAACGAAGCAGAAAGUUCAGUAAACAAACUGCAGAGAGACGUGAAGCACCUGCUGCAGGACAAGUUUGGCAGCUUGGACCCGGCCGGCGCUGGUCUGAGUCAUGAGGAGCGAUUCUCAGAAAUCAUCAAAGAGUACGAGCUGCGCUGUCGGAAAAUCAAGGAGCUGCGGGACAGAAACGAUGAGCUGAGCUCAGAGUUGGAGCUGCUGAAGAGUCAGAGGAGCAACAAGAAGUCCAGACGCUCCGCAGGAAACGACACGCUGAGCUGGAAACAACAACAACAACAACAACAACAACAACAACAACAACAACAACGCUCCGACAGCGCAGAGUCUGACUCCGACGACUCAGACAUGCAGCGCAGCUCGUCUGCUCUGGUCAGGAAGAAACUGCAGCCGGCUGAUAAAACAGCUCUGUGCUCGUUGGACGGCGUCUCCGGUCCCGCCGUCAGUAUUCAGACUGAACUGGCUCUGGAGCAGCUGAAGCAGAAACACAACCAGGAGCUGCAGAAGCUGCACAUCCAGCUGGAGACUCAGGUGAACUACUACGAACGCAGUCAGGAGCUGAUGAGGCAGAGCAUGGAGGUGGAACGGAAAGACAUCUCUCAGGCCUUCAAGCUGGAGAUCAGUGAACUGGAGGAGCAGAAAGCUCAGGCGGAGCAGCAGGUGAAGCAGCUGAAGGAGGCGCUGGACAAACUGCAGAUCCAACAUGGAGGAGGAGGAGGAGGAGGAGGAGGAGGGUGGAGCUCCGAGCAGGAGCGCAGGAUGCAUCGGGAGCGGGCCGAGCUGGAGCAGAACUUUGCCAGAGAGAUCAGUAAUCUGGUUCAGAGGCUGAGCGCCGAGAAGGACCAGCUGGAGGCGGAGCUGAAGCUGAAGAUGGACCAGGAGGUGAUGCUGGUCAGGGAGGAGGCAGAGCAGCAGCUCUCUCAGAUGAAGCUGCAGCACGCUGAGGGUCAACGCCGCCUCCUCCACCAGCUCCACCUGGAGCGCCAGCAGCUGCACGACCAGAGAGGAUUCUGGGAGAGCCGGCUCAUCCAAUCGGAGCAGGAGAAGCUCCGGUGUGAGGAGAGAGCGAGGGAGGAACAGGCUCGGAUCUGCUCUGAGUUCUCCUCAGAGAAGAAGAGGAUGGAGGAGGAGCGGCGGGAGGAGGUCCAUCUGCUGAGGGAGCAGGUCUGCAGUCUGCAGGAGCUCAUACACACCUCAAGCCUGAAUAUCAGCCAAUCAGAGGCCAGCUUACAGGAGUUCAGAGAGCGCUGUGGUCAGUUAGAGGACGACCUCAAAGCUUCUGGUGAGCGGUGCUGCGAGCUGGAAGCCAGACUGGAGGAGGCCUGUUCUCAGCUGGAGGAGAGCAUCUCCUUCCUGGAGUCACACGAGGUUCUCAAUAAAUGUCUCAUCUCAGAGAAGAGCUCUGAGGAGGAGCAGCUGCAGCAGGUGAGGAGCUCUGAGGAGGAGCAGCUGCAGCAGGUGAGGAGCUCUGCGGAGGAGCAGCUGCAGCAGGUGAGGAGCUCUGAGGAGGAGCAGGAAAACCUCCAGGCUGCGUCGGACAGCCUCCUGCAGGACGGGGAGUUGGUGGCUGAUAACUGCAGCCACCUCUCUGAUGCAUUCAUGCAGCAGCAGACUGUCAGCGCGCUGCGCUCUGAGCUGGAAGCCCUGCAGGAGGCCAUGAGGACCAAAGUGGAAUGUCUCUCCAGACUGACUGCAGAGCUGGACUCUCUGAAGACGGACCGUGCCAGGCUGAUCCAGGACCUGAAGGAGCAGGCCAUGGCUGUAGACAACCUGCGGCUGGAGCUGGACAGAGUCUCAGAGGAGUUGUGCAGGAGGAGGAGUGCUGAGGAGAGUCUACAAGAGGCUCUGAGGCAGGAGCAGACCAGGACCUUGCAGCUCCAUUCCAGUCUGCAGGAGGAGAGGGAGGAGGUGGGCCGUCUGAGCCAGGAGAGCGGGAGCUACACCCGGCUGGCCAACCAGCUCUCCACCCAGAUCGUAGAGAUGGAGGAGGAGAUCACCUCGCUCAGAGACCACCUCCGAGAUGUCAGCGCCCAGCUCAACAACACCGCAGACCUGGUCCUGGACCUCAGGAGACAGCUCAACUCCAGAACCAGCGAGGUGGAUCGGCUCCAAGCCCGGACGGCGGACACCGGCGAGCUCUUACAGCGAGCUGAGGCGUCCUCAGAGAAGCACCGCGGCGACGUCCAGCAGCUGCAGCGGGCCCUGCAAGACUCCCAGAACCAGCUGAGGACCAGGGAGGAGGACUUUGACCAGGAGAAGAGGAAGAUGACGCAGCAGCUGAUGGAGCUGGAGACGCUGGUCCUCGCCCUGGAGGAGGUGAUGGACCCGGCCAGUCCACACAGGACUCAGCUGGAGGAGGUUCGUUCAGAGAACGGCGCUCUACAGGAGCGACUGAGCGUCCUGCAGCAGGAAGUCGCCAACAUGGAGGACGACGUCGCCAAGAAGAGGAGGAAACUGGAGGAGAUGGAGCGAGAACACGAGAGGAGCAGAGAGGAAGAGGAGAAGCUGCACAAAGAGAACUCCAGGUACCGAGAGGAAGUCCUGGAUCUGAGCGGCAGGAACCUGCGGCUCAGCAACGACAACGCCGAGCUGAGCGCCCGUCUCCGUGGAGACCAGGAGUCGGUCCGGAUGCUGCAGGAGCGCCUGGCGCUGGUUACCAAGGAGCAGGAGGAGCGGGGCGCUGCGGUGCUGCAGCUGCAGGAUGCAACGGUGCAGCAGCAGGCGGUCUGGACGCAGGAGAGACAGCUGCUGGAGAGAGAGCUGAGCUGCUGCAAGGACAAGCUGGGUCGUCUGUCAGAGGUGGAGGUGGAGCUCAGCAGUGUGACUCUGAAGCAGCAGUUGUUGGAGGAGGACAAGACCAAGCUGCUGAGAGAGGCCGACGACCGAAACAACAAGGUGGAGGAGCUGCAGCAGGCGUUGAUCUCUCUGGAGUCGGAGGCCGAGCUGCUUCGCUCUCAGCUGAACGCCGUCAGUCGCGAGAAACUCGGCCACGCCCAGGAAGUGACUGACACGCAGAGGAAGCUGCAGGACGCUCAGAACAAGGUGGAGGAGCUGGAGGCCGGCGUCCGGAGGCUGAUGAGGGAGAAAGAGGAGCUCCGUCAGGCUCUGGAGGAGCAGGAGGAGCGGGAGGAGCAGGCCUCCAUCACUCAGCAGGAGGAGACCCAUAAACUGAGAGUCCACAACCAGGAGCUUCAAAACAAGCUGGCAGAGCUGCAGGUCCAGAGUCUGGAGACCCAGAAGCUGAUCCAGGAGCAUCAGAACCUGAAGACCAAACUGAACCAGCUGGAGAUGGCGAGGACGCAGGACCAGAACCAGGCGGACUCUGCUCUCAGUCUGGUGCAGGCGCAGCACGUGCGGCAGCUUCAGGAGCUGCAGCAGCGUGCAGGUGAAGGCUGCAGGCAGCAGGUGCAGCUGCUGCAGGCUCAGCUGCAGGAGGAGCAGAGGAGGAGUCAGCAGCUGGAGGAGACGCUGAGGCUGCAGACGCAGCAGAGCUGCUCCCAGAUCAGCACGAAGCAGGACCAGUACGAGAAGGCGCUGGCGGCGCUGCAGCACAGGAUGGAGGAGCUGGAGACCAAACUGAAGGGAGUGUGGCUGGUGCUGCAGGAGAAGGUGCAGCAGCUCAAAGAGCAGAUGGCGAAGAACACAAAGUCCGGCGUGAUGCUGAAGGAUCUGUACGUGGAGAACUCGCAGCUGAUGAAGGCGCUGCAGGUCACCGAGCAGCGGCAGAAACACGCAGAGAAGAAGAACUUCCUCCUGGAGGAGAAGAUCAACGCGCUCAACAAACUGCUGCGUGAGGUCGUCCUGGCGUCGCUCGCCACCUAGCUGCUCAACGCCGCCCCGAGAAACACCCGAGACACAUGUAGUCGAAGCCCAACAAUCACAUCCUCUUCCUCCUCCUCCUCCUCUUCCUCACUGAAGAUCCAGAAUCUCUGAACAUGUAAAUGAUGUUUUUCUUCUUGUUGCUUCUGUGUGACGUCCGUCUGCACACGAAGCUUCAAUCAGCCGAUGUUUCUGGGUUUCAUGAGGACGAAACUAAAAGUAUAAUAUAAAUAUUUCCAGUUAACUUUACUUUACUGGUUUUUAAAUGCAGGACUUUUACUGGUGAUGAAGUAUUUCCACUUAUUGAAGUAAAAGCUUCUGCAGGUCUCAGAAUGUGACGGGUCUCCAAACACAGCGGAACACCGGCGUUCACAUUUACCGCCAGCAGAAGAAGAAGAAGAAGCUUUUACGUCUUCAGCAGCUCAGAGACUUUUACACCUGGACGUACCUGCAGGGUCGAUGACAUCACAGCUAGUCUGGAGCCAAUCGUGGUCCAGUAUUCAGCCUCCGCGGCUGCAGCAGGAAACAUUUUU